CUUAAAGUGCUUAUUAAUAAAUAAUACAAGUUUUUAUAAAUUAAAACUGUUUCAACGCUUAUACUUAAAAUGAUGAUUUAGUAAUUAGUUCGUGUAAUUUUUAUCGCUGUUUGAAAUUAUUAAGGAGGGGCUGACAUACCCUCUUUCCAUCUUUCUAUCAACGCACAUCUGUGCCGGUACUUGUCGUUAGCUCUACUCAACUGUAUAUUAAAAUGGAUUAAUUCUUCUCACAUUUUAACUAGUGCACAGUAAAGAGACGUGCGGUUUUAAGCUUAUUGAAGUAAUAUUAUUCUAUCAGAUAAAGUUUUGUGUAUAAAAGUUAACAAACACGAAUUAAAUUACGAUGGAUUAUUGAAUAUCGGUUCUGAGAAAUACAUUUCGUCAGUCCUAUUAGAUGUGAAGAUUAUUUAAAACGUAAUAUUAAUCAAACAAAAUGACCAUAAGUAAAAGUUAUCUACCACAAAUAUAUUCUGCUACUAUCGCUACUUUGGGAGCCAUGGCAAUGGGAACAAUCAUUGGAUGGUCAUCGUCAGCGGUUGGUAUGUUAGAGUCUGGUAAUUUCCCUUCGCCAUUUCCAGUAGACAAAGAAGAUACAAAAACUUAUGGUUCAGUAUUUGGUAUUGGGGCUGCCAUUGGCGCACUGCCAGCUGGCUCUGUUGCUAGCGUUUUGGGUCGUUGCCUUAGCAUGGUGGUUUUCGAAAUUUUUAUAUUCAUCGGUUGGUUAUGUCUGAUUAUACCAAAAGCUGUAUGGAUGUUAAAUACCGGUAGAGUACUUCAGGGUAUAGGGGUAGGUGCUUUGUGUGCCCUUAUACCAGCAUAUGUUGGCGAAAUAUCUGAGCCAGCUAUAAGAGGUAGCUUAUGUUCAAUAUUCCAAGUUCUCGUAGUUAUUGGUAUAUUAUAUGCAUAUAUUUUUGGAGCUAUAGUGAGUUACGUAUCAUUUGGCAUACUUUGUGGAAUCUGGUCACUAAUUCAUUUAAUUGGUGUGUUGUUAAUACCAGAGUCUCCAUACUAUUAUCUCAGCAAAAACUUGGAGGAAAAGGCAAGAAAAUCGUUGAAAAAUUUACGAGGUGCUUCAGUAGACAUUGAACACGAAUUAGAAAUAAUUAAGAAAGAAAUUGAAGAACAAAAUGCUCAAAAAUACACCUUUUCACAAGUAAUGUCUAAUUCCGUGAACCGAAAAUCAUUGUACAUUGGAAUUGGUUGCAUGUUUUUUCAACAGACAAGUGGGAUUAAUGUUGUGAUUUUCUAUAUGAAUGAUAUAUUUAAAUCAACUGGAGGUGAUAUCAAUUCAAGUAUGGCAUCAAUUGUUAUUGGAAUUGUUCAGCUUUUUAUGACACUCGUAAUGAUGUCUUUGAUCGACAAAGCUGGUCGCAAGAUUCUAUUAAUAAUCUCAGCUGCUCUGAUGGCUGUCAGUUACUUGGCAUUAGCAAUUUAUUAUAUAAUUCAUAAUAACGAUCCAGUAUUUGCCAAAUCAAUAACUUGGUUACCUUUGGCAUCAAUUGCAAUCUACAUAUCAGCUUUUUCCUUAGGCUUUGGUGCAAUACCUUGGGUUGUUAUGGGAGAAAUUUUCUCUACAGAAGUAAAACCAUACGGUACCAGUCUUGCUACAGCUAGUAAUUGGAUAUUGGUAUUCGUAGUUACAUAUGUUUCAAAAGACUUACCUGAUUGGAUAGGUAAUCAUGGUACAUUCUUCACAUUUAGUGCAUUUUGCGUAUUGGCUGCAUUUUUUGCAUGGUUAUUUGUACCUGAAACCAAAAACAGAAGUUUAUCAGAAAUUCAAACACAAUUAGCAGGAAAAAAAGCUACAAACAACAGCAAGCAAACAAAUUUCAUGAUGUUUGUAAAAAUUAAGAAUAAAAGGCGUCAGAUAAUAUAUGCCAUUUCAGCCUCAUUGGGUGCGUUUAUCACUGGUACUAUUUUGGGAUGGUCAUCGCCAUCUUUGCAAAUGCUACUCGACGGUGUAGCAGAACAUUUUAAAGUGGCUUCAACGGAAGUUGUUACAGCUAAUUCUUUAUUCGGCAUAGGUAUAGCAAUCAGUGCGAUACCUUCAGGAGCUGUAUCGUCUGUUUUUGGACACAGAGUAUCAUUGAUAAUGAGUGAAAUAUUCGUAUUCUUUGGAUGGCUUAUCAUAGCUUUUCCAAUGACCAAGCAUUCACUGUACAUAGGACGUAUACUGCAAGGUGUUGGUAGUGGUGCGAUGUGUGCCAUUAUUCCAGCUUAUGUCGGCGAAAUAGCUGAAGCAGAUAUAAGAGGUUUCCUUGGUGGUUUGUAUCAAUUAUUCGUUGUUAUUGGCAUAUUAUAUUCAUAUGUACUAGGAGAAAUUUUUUCUUAUCUCCAACUAAACAUUGCAUGCUCAUUGUGGGUGUGUGUACAUAUUAUCAGUGUAUAUUUUAUGCCAGAAUCGCCAUAUUAUUUAAUUCGAUCUAACAAACUAAGCGAAGCUAAUCAAGAAAUAGCUAGACUUCGACAUUCUAGACAUGACUGCACAACUGAACUUAAAGAUAUACAGUUAUUUAUUGAGAAUGAAUUGAAAAUUAGUUAUACAGCUCGCGAGCUAAUAGAAAAGGAUGUCAAUCGCAAAGCACUGAUUAUAGGUAUGGGAUGUAUGUUUUUUCAACAAAUGUCCGGUAUUAAUGUGCUGAUAUUUUACAUGAAAGAUAUGCUCAAAAGUUCAAGCGAUCAUAUAAGUCCUGAAAAAUCCGUCAUCUUUGUAGGAGUUAUUCAGGUAGUUAUGGUAUUUAUUUCUACGCUUAUUACGGACAAGUAUGGUAGAAAAACGCUGAUGAUUUUUUCGUUUACAUCGAUGGGCAUAAGUCUGUUGGGUCUAUCGUAUUAUUACUUUUUGAAAAAUAAUAAGUACGAGAUUGCUCAGUCAUUGGGUUAUUCGCCUCUGGUGGCUAUUAUAAUUUACAUUGCUAUGUAUUCAGUUGGAUGUGGACCAACACCUUAUGUUGUAAUUGGAGAGAUUUUCUCAUCAGAGCUUAAAGCACUAGGAAUGGGUGUCGCAACUGCAACUAACGGGAUACUCCUAUGGUUGGUCACAUGUUCGGCAGCUCCUUUAGAUGAAUUGUUUGGACCGAGUGGUACUUUUUACAUUUAUUCAGGUUUCUGUUUCUUAGGAAUGUUAUUUGUCGUACAUAAAGUACCAGAAACUAAAAACCAAUCUCUAGCUGAAAUUCAAUCAAACUUAGAAAAUAGUUGAAUUAAUCAAGUAGUAAUAUUCAAUAAACUCAUUACUGACACUAAUAGGAUAGUUUUUGUACAAAAAUAUAUUCGUUAGAUUAAAUUUUUUACUUGAAUAAAAAUUAAAUUUAUCAUUUUUUGGAAUAAUGUAGGUGUUAUUUGUAAAUAAAACAUUUCUUACUUCAUUCAUUGUAUUAUCAACAUAAGAUAACUAUAAAUCACACAUCAAUAAUACAAAAGUUUGAUGUAAAAUUAAAAUAUGGAAUAUAUGUAAUCCUGUUAAAAACUUCCUAUGUUCUUCGGAUUAUAAAUCAAUAAAGGUAUAAAGCAGUUACUAGCAAAAAAAUUCAUAUUGUCUUUGAAUUUAUUGAGUAUAACACAAAGAAAUCGUAACUUCUUUAUUUAUACUUAAUUGUAUAUGACGUUUGAGUGUUUUUCCUAUAAAUUAUUUUACAUUUAUUUAAGUGUUGACCUUGGGAUGUAAACAUCAGUUGGUAUUAAGUAAUUUAUCAAACUUGUACUUGAUUGCAUAAUUGCGUUUAAAUAAUUUGUUAAAACACUUU